ACCCCCACCAGGGACCCCGAUGUCACCCCCGCCAGGGACCCCCACUGUCACCCCCACCAGGGACCAUGCUAUCACCCCUGCCAGGGACCCUCACUGUCACCCCCACCAGGGACCACGCUAUCACCCCUGCCAGGGACCCUCACUGUCACCCCCACCAAGGACCCUGCUAUCACCCCCGCCAUAGACCCCACUGUCACUCCACCAGGGACCCCGCUAUCACCCCCGCCAUAGACCCCACUGUCACGCCCACCAGGGACCCCGCUAUCACCCCCGCCAUGGAUCCCAUUGUCACCUCCACCAAGGACCCCGCUGUCACUCCCACCAGGGACCCCGCUGCCCCCCCCGCCCCGUGCCACAAUCAUCCACUGCCCCCCCUGCCAGUGACAAAGACCCCACUGUCACCCCUGCCCUGUGCUGUGAUGGGGACCCCACUGUCACCCCACCGCCAAGAUGGGACCCCACUGUCACCCCUGCCUCCCCUGAUGGCCACCCCGCUGCCACCUCCCCAGCCUCGCCCAGCAGGCACAGUGUCCCCUCUGUCCCCACCCCCGCCACCCCGAGGGUCCCAAGUCCAAGGCAGCUCUCGGGCGAGCCCCGUUCCCUGCGCUGGCUCUGUCCCAGCCAAUCACAGCUCGGCUCCGCCCCAGCCCGGCCCCUUCCAGCCAAUCGCAGCCCAGACCGGCGCAAAGCAGCCAAUCGCACGCUCCCUGCCUGCCCAAGCCCCCGCCCACUCAGGGGCUGCCCGGCUUAGGCUCCGCCCCUAUGCCUUCACCUAUUGGGAUCUAUGGGUGGAGGAGACAUGUUUGGUCUAUGGGGCAGUGAUGCACAUCAACCGGGGGAACCCCGGUGAGAUGGAGGUGGCCGUGGACUCGUGGCCUGACUUCGGCGCUGUGUUGGCACGACAAAGCGGAGAGAUGCCGGUGGAUGACUCCUACAAGAACACACAUGCCGCUUUCUACCGCGACCUGGGCGCCUACCGGGCGCUGCUGGAGACCCCCGGCUGCGUUCGCUGGGACUCUGCCUUCCACAUCAUCGGCCUGCAGGAUGGCCUGGCCACCACCUCGCAGGCCCUGGCAGCCACCAAGGGCGUGGAGCUGGACAUCUCCGAGUUCUACACCUUCCUGCACCCCGACCCCAGCACCAUCCCCGAGCCACGGCUGCCCCCCAAUAUCCGUGUGGGCUCAUUGAGCGUGGAGCACGCCGAGCUGCUGACGGAGACGUGGCCAUACGGGGGGACAUCAAGAAGCCGGCAGUACCUGGUGGAUAUGCUGAGCCGCCUGCCCAACCUCUGCCUGCAGGAUGAGACCCGGUACCCCGUCUGUUGGGUCCUCACCGACCACUUCGGCACUGGAGCUCACGGUUACACCCUCCGCGCUCAUCGGCGCCAUGGUUACAUGCGUGCUGCAUUGGCCAUCACCGCAAAAAGGGCACACGCCAGGGGGUUCCCCUCCUACGGGCACACGGCCCCAGGCAAUGUCCCCAUGCAGCGACUGCAGGAGGGACUGGGCCACCAACGCCUGCCCGAGCUUUGUCGCUUCAUCCUGCACAACCCCAGCCUGUGCCAGGCUUUGCCAUGAGCAUCACGGAUCCUCUACGGGCCACCCGUGGCCCCACUGCACCAUGAGUGGCCUUGGUCCCCUCCCCAGGGCAGAAAUGUUCUCACCAGACCAUGGGUCUCCUCCCCACCAGACCAUGGGUGCCCUCUCCGAGCCAACAAUGUUCCCUUGGUCCCAUCCCCAAGCCAGUGAUGUCCCCACCGGCCCAUAAGCCCCCCAGUCCCCUACCCAAGCCAAUGAUGUUCCCACCAAACAACGAGUCCCUUGGUCCCAUGCCCAAGCCAGUGAUGUCACCAGCAGACCAUGAGACCCUGGUCCCAUUCCCAAGCCAGCGAUGUCCUCAUCAGACCAUUAGUCCUUGAGUGCCCUCCCUAAAGCAGUGAUGUCCCCACUGGACUAUCAGUGCCCUUGGUCCCCUUCCCAGGGCAGUGAUGUCCCCACCAGACCACGGGUCCUCUCUCCAAGCCAGCAAUGUCCUAGCUGGACCAUAAGUCCCCGGUCCCCUUCCUAAGGCAGCAAUGUCCCCAGCAGAUCAUGGUCACCUCUCCAGGGUUGUGAUGUCCCCGCCAGACCAUGGGUUCCCUUCCCAGCGCAGCAAUGUCGCCACCAGAUCAUGGUUCCCUCCCCAAGCCAUUGAUGUCCUCACAGGACCAUGAGUGUCCCCCAUCCCCUCCCUGGGGCAGCGAUGUCCCCACACUGUGAGACAAAGGAGAAAACCAAACCCAACCGAUAACGCCUUGUGGACUCUCUGAUGGCUGCUAUAGGGUUGUGUCUAUAGCGCCAACACCAA